AUGCCCUCAGGCAAGACGGUCAAGCUCAUUGUGUACGAGCUGCUGCAAUAUGCAGCUCUCAUCAUCCCUAUCUUUGUAAUCAUGGAGAGAUUUGCUAGCCUAAUAAGCGAUAUGGCAGGUGAAAGUGUGACCUCUUACUGGCUUGUGGUUGCAGUCUCUAUGGCCUAUGUGACCUCUGGGACCCUACUGGUGUGGGUUCCUCUAAAAUACGUGACCCUUAAGAAGCGGAGAUUCAUCUCAGAGAUUACAGAAUGGAGACCGACUGCACUGGCCUAUCUCCUUCUGUCAACACUGCCAUGUUUUGGAAUCUUAAUAGCGAGCUCUAAGGUCCAGCUGGACAAAGGACAAAAGCUUGAUAAUUUCACAGAGCUGCCUGUUUCCUUGGUUCUCUUCUCCAUGAUUUGUGUGGAUAUCAUAGAGAGGAUACGACCUUACAGGCUCUUAGGUAAAGCUAACAUCAUUGAUUUAGACUUUGACACAUCAAGGCCUGUUCUGACCCAUCUAAAACAGGUGACCAGUGUUUCAGGCCAGCUGCCAGCGGAUGAAGGCCAGAAUGGUGUGAUCCCAGAUCAGGCACACACCAGAAAUGGCAGCACAAUCAACAGGAGGCUGGAUGUUACAGAGUCUCCUUACAGCACGCGGCCAACCACUGCCUACCUAUACUCUUCUACUCCACGUCCUGUGUCUUACUCAGGUCCUCUAAGCUUCCUUUGGAAGAAAGAUGGAAGGUCAGAGGUGUUUGUGGAGAGUUUCUUGUUCUGGCUGGACACUGUGGAGAUGGUACGAGUUGCGGGGGAGCCCUUAGUUUUCCACUCAGCUUGGGUGUUUCCAAUCUACAUCCUGGCUUUCCUUUCAUCUCUCCGGAUGGUCAUUUCUCCACACAGCUCCUUGCUGUCAUUUGCUGGAGUUAUACUGCAGGAUUUUCCUUUCUUCAUCCUUCGGGUUGCACUGAUUGCAGUGUUUGGUUUUGUAACCCCUGUUUUUUAUCCUCUCAAAAAUGUUUUAGUCAGUUUAUCUUAUAUCUACUUCACAUGGAUGACCAAGCUAAAGAUAUUUAAAAGGCCAACCAUGUUCUAAAGAAGAGCAAUGAAGGGACCCUUUUAUUUGUGGAUGUUUGGUGUUAAAGAGCAGCACCAGAGAGUCCUAGUGAAAUGCUGUUUCUGCACUUACUGUAGUUCUCUAAAGAUGUGUAUAACUGUUUAAAUGGAGUGUUUAUACUUAAAUGAUGUAUCAAAAACAUGUUCUGCUUUUCUAUAAAACUAUUCCAUUCUUUGAGAGAGUACUAAUACCCCUUUUCAUAUUUGGUUACAUUGAAUCAAAUCCUAUCAAGCCUAAAUCAAAAGUCUAGACUGAAAAUAUGACAAUUCUUCUAAAAUAUUAGGUUAUUGGGUUCAGGUCACAUAUGGGGGUGCUGUACUUUUCCAAAACAAUGACUGUUUUGUAUGUAGUCUAUUGACUUCCAUUUAGGCGCCAUCUAACCGAAGCACCUUCCUUUAUGUGCUUGUUGUGUUCCCUGUGUCCUGUGGUAAACUAGGAACAUAACUUAGUGCUUUUAAAUUAGCUUUGAAUUUCUUCACAACUAAAUCUUCAGUCAGGUUAAAAAAGCUGUUCUUGGUGGUUAUUAUAGUUCACUUAAGUUCUCUAACAAAUCUCAGAGGCCUCUGUGCUUUUGGUGAGCUAAAUCCCUACUGAAGGCAUUUGGUUCCGCAGCAGUGGUGGCUGGCCAAUAGAGGGCGCUAUGGCGCUGCCCCACCCACCCAAUGACUUUGACAUAAAAAAAAA